AUUCUCUAGCAUCUGCCCAUCCCCUCAGCAUUAACCACCACCACCAGCACCACCACUUUCACCACCGACAACCACCGCCGCAGAACAUCUAAGCUAAUCUCCGCCGCCCUCUUUCUCACUCACACACACACCCGCACGUGUGUGUGUGUGUGUUCGCGCGUCAAUGGCCAAGUCAAAGUGCUUCAGCUUCACAGCAUCAAGAAACUGGUGCUUAAGAUCCACUUUCACCAAUUCGGGUCUCCGGCCGUUCUCCGCCGACCUCGGCGACGGCACCGUAAUGUACUGCUGGGUGCCGAAAACCCCAAACCCGACCCGACCCAACGUGGUCCUAAUCCACGGGUUCGGAGCCAACUCAAUGUGGCAAUUCUGCGACACGGUCCCGUACUUAACCCCACACUUCAACGUCUACGUGCCGGACCUAGUCUUCUUCGGCAACUCGGUCACGACUCGGUCGGACCGGACCGAGUCGUUCCAGGCCGAGUGCGUGAAGCGGGUCAUGGAUGCGAACUCGGUGGGUAAGAUGUCGGUGGUGGGUCUGAGCUACGGCGGGUUCGUGGCGUACAGCAUGGCGGCGCAGUUCGGGGAGUGCGUGGAGAGGGUGGUGAUCUGCUGCGCCGGGGUGUGCUUGGAGGAGAAGGAUUUCCGCGAGGGGAUGUUCCCGGUGGCUGACGUGGAGGAGGCCGCCGCCAUACUGAUGCCGCAGAAGGCGGAGAAGAUGAGGGAGCUUGUCGGCUACACCUUCGUUAAGCCGCCGAGGGGGCUGCCGUCUUGUUUGCUGGAGGACUUCAUUGAUGAAAUGUGUAAUGAAUACGUUGAAGAGAAGAAAGAGCUGCUUCGUUCCAUUGCUAAAGACAAAGACCUCCCCAAGAUUUCUCAGCCAACUUUAAUAGUGUGGGGAGAUAAAGACAGGAUAUUUCCCAUAGAACUUGCUAACAGAUUGAAAAGGCAUUUAGGAGAGAAUGGAGAAUUAGUAGUAAUAAAGAACACAGGGCAUGGGUUUAUCAAUGAGAAGCCUAAGGAGUUUCACAGGCAUUUGAAAAGAUUCCUCUUAGCUCAACAAAAGAUUCCCCCUCUAAACUCUACCACUAAUAUUCCCAUUAAUCAUCAAAAUCAUAUUUAAUUAUAUGUUAUUCACAUUAUAUUAUAUAUAUUAUUUUAUUUUAUUUUUGGGCACGAGAGAAAAAGGCAAACAAUGUUGCUGUUAUUAAUGUAAUUGUUAGCCAAAUAUUAUGCAGUGUUCAUGAAUUAUAGGUGUUUUCUUUUUAUAGUUUUUCAUGUUAUACAUGCCAUAAUUUUAAAGGGUA